AUGCACAAGCACGUCAUAUGUUUCUGCAUAGCUUUGGCAGCUGCUGCACGGGCAAGGAAUCUGGGGAACCGCCAGGGCGCGACAGCCACACGGUAUCUAGCGAAAUUCGAUGAAUUCGUCCAAUUUGGACCACCCCCGCCGACACCGACAAUUGGAGCUUACAACGGACUUUUGUACCAGGGAAUCAGCCUUAGUCAGGUCGGCCCUUUCCCAGGAAGCGUGAGGUACGGCCCGGCCCAGCUCGUUGGCUUCCUCCCGGAGACCAGACCCCGGUGGAUCCACUUCCACUCCUUCUAUUUCGGGUGCGUGGAAUCGUGGUCCGAGCCGGGCGUGCCGCCUGACCCCGUCCCCUGCGCCGUCACGGUCUGGGGCCUCAGGCAGGGCCACUAUGUCACCUCACAGUCGUUCCCCUACGUGCCCCAUAUCACGUACACCGGCGCUGGGGAAACGGCGCCUAUGGUGCCCGCACAGCUGAGAAAUGAUUUCCGCCGGAUCGACACGGUGAUGUUCACCACCAACUAUCCGCCCCAGUCGUCUGGCGGGACACGCAUUGACAACCUGGAGUACACUCUCCGGCCACAGGUUGGCGCUGCAGAGGAGUAA